AUGACUUCUAUGAUUCUCAGCAAGUUCGGCCGCGCCUUGGCUCAGCGAUCUCAUUUCCGUUGUUUUUCCACCACACCCAGCCUUCUUGGUAGGUUAAUAUAGAUGCUUAGGCUGAUUUUUGGAAGUUUAGGGCUAGGACUGGCUUAUUUUUGAUGAAGGAUUGGUAGGGUAGGGUAAAAUUUUGAGGGAGGGGGGGGGUAUGUGAAAGUGGGGUAAAAAUUGAGAGUAGAGCGGAGUUUUAAAGGAAGGGUAGGGCAAGUAGUUUAGAUUUUUUGGGUUAGGGAAAGGCAAGUCAGGUUUAAAUUUUUUAGGGCGGGGUGUUUUAGGGUAAGGAAAUAUGGUGAGGGCAGGGUACUUAAAGGUAGGGUAGAAUUUAUAGGGCAGGGCUGAAUUUUAAGGAUGUUUUUGUGGGUAGGCUUGGGUAGAAAUAUAAACACAAGGUCGAGUAAGGUAAUAAGAGUUCAGGGGGGAUGGAACUUUUGGCUAUGGCAGAUUUUUGAAGCCAGGCCGGGGUAAAUUGGAGUAAGGUGUCAGCUAGAUAAGACUAGGGAAGGAUAUGGUAGGGCAGGGCAGGGCAGAGUGGGUAGGGUAGGGCCAGGUAGGGUAGGGCAGAGUGGGUAGGGUAGAGUAGGGUAGGGUAGGGUAAGGUAGGGAAAAAAACAAAAAUUUAAAAUUUUUUAAAUUUGAAAAAUACCAUUUUCAGACAGAUUCUACACGAAAAAGCACGAGUACAUAAACGUGAACGGAAAGAACGGCACGGUGGGAGUGUCGGACUAUGCUCAAAAACAACUUGGCGAUGUUGUCUAUGUGGAACUGCCGGAAAAGGACGCCCAAGUAGCCAAAGAGGACAACGCCGGAGCCAUCGAGUCAGUCAAGUCGGCCUCGGACAUCUACACACCCGUCUCGGGCCGAAUCACCGACGUGAACGGAGAGCUGGAACAGAAACCUCAACUCAUCAACAAAUCACCAUACGAACAAGGUAGGGUAAUAUAGAGGGUUAAGUGGGCUUUUUGGAGGUAGGGUAGGGCGGGGUAGGUUUGUAUGGGUAGAACAGGACAAGGUAGAUUUUUAAGGGUAGAACAGGGUAAGGAAGGUUGGGGUAUGGUAUUUUAGAGCAGGGAAGGGUACUAUAAGCGUAAGCCUACAAAGCCUAAGCUUACUAAGCCUAAGCCUGCGAAGUCUAAGCCUACUAAGGUUAAGCCUACUAAGCCUAAGCUUACUAAGAAAUGUAAGCCUAUAUGAGUUAGACAAAGAACAUAGGGUCCAAGCCUAAUAUUUAAGCAAGAUUGCUUACUAUAAGAAGCUAAAACCUAACAGCGUAAGCCUAAAAGCAUAAGCCUAAAAGAAUAAGCCUAAAAGUAUAAGCCUAAAACCAUAAGCCUAAAAGCUUAAACCUAAAAAAGAUUUUUUAAAUUUAAAACUUUUUUUUAAAUUUUAAUGCCCAUUUGUUUUUAGGUUGGAUAUUCAAAAUCGAGCUGACACAACCCGAGGAACUGAAGGAUCUCAUGGACGAAGCCGCCUACACCAAAUUCCUCGAAACCGUCGACAGCGAAGAAUGA